CCAAAUCAUCAUCAUCAUAAUUAUUAGACAAACACAUACAUAUAUACUCAUACUAACCAAUUACUUGAAAAUUCAACCAAAGAUGUCUAGCACUCAGUAUACAGCAGGCCAAUCCCAUGGUCAAACUCAGGCAAAGGCAGAGCAAUGGGCAGAGUCAGCAAAGGGGACGGCCAACUCCGCCGUGGACAAGGCGGAGAAUGCGACCCAGAACGCGCAACAGUCGGCCCAGCAGAGGCGGGCGGAGGAAGGGGAGACCGGCUUUCUCCAGCAGACCGGCGAGCAGAUGAUCAGUAUGGCUCAGGGCGCCAUCGACGGCGUCAAGAACACUCUGGGCAUGGGCGGUGACCAGAAGAAAUGAAUUUUUGGCACCCAAUAUAAAUACCAUUGCCGCAA